AUGGAGGCGCUGAGGAGCCAGGUGCUGCAGAGCCAGGAGGAGCUUGCCGAGCUGCGGCGCAGGUCGGGCAGCGCCAUCGAGGCCGCGCACGGUCAGCACGCUGACGACCUGGACGGGCUGCGGCAGGAGCAAGGCAGGCAGCGGGGGGAGCUGCAGGCGCUGGGCAGGGAGGUGGCCACACUGAAGGAGCAGCAGCUCGCCGCGGACGGGCUGCAGCGCGAGGCCGCGUCCGACACCGCCGCCACGAAGGGCCAGCUGGUGGACGCCCUGAAGGCCCUGAGGACCCAGCGCACGGCGCUGGGCUCCGAGGUGGAGGCGCUGCAGGCCGCCAUGGGCUCCGAGCUCCAGGCCGCCCGCGAGCGCCAGGCGAGCGAGGCCGAGGGCCUCCGCGAGGAGCUCCGCGCCCUGGGCGGCGAGCUGCGCGGGCAGCAGGGCGCCUUCGUGGAGGCCGUGAACAGCCAGCUGAAGGCCAGCAUCCAGGCCAGCCUCCAGGCCGUGCACGCCAAGCUAUCCGCGGACGUGGGCGCGCUGCAGGAGCAGCAUGGCAAGAGCAAGACGAUGGUGGACGCGCUGCGGGGCCAGCAGGGCCACUUCAUGCGGCAGCACAGCCGCGACAUCGAGGGCCUGCGGGACCAGCACCUCAGGCUCCACGAGGAGCUCGAGGGCCUCGCCGAGCAGGUGGGGGCCCUGAUGAGCAGCGCGCCGCCCCUCCUCCACGAGGCGCCCAGCCCGGCGGCCCACCGGUCGCACGCCGCCCCCGCGGACGCUCACCGAGCGCCCGACGGUCUCGGGCACACGGUCGCCGUCGGGGCCCUCCGCGUGGCGAGGUAG